GGGCCGUGGCCGAAGGUGAGCGGCCGCGACGUGGACGGCGCGGCGGAGCCGAGCGGCCGUGGCCGCGCCCGGGCGGUGGAUGGCGGCGGGAUGGAGCUCGAGGGGAGCGGCGGCGGCGGCGGGUCGGCCGGGCUCCUGCAGCAGAUCCUCAGCCUGAAGCUCGUGCCGCGGGUGGAAAACGGGACCCUGUGCCCCAACUCCACCGCGCUCUGCGCCUUCCCAGAGAUGUGGUAUGGUGUGUUCCUGUGGGCACUGGUGUCCUCGCUCUCCUUCCAUGUCCCUGCAGGAUUGCUGGCCCUCUUCACCCUCAGACAUCACAAAUAUGGUAGGUUCAUGUCUGUAAGCAUCCUGUUGAUGGGCAUCGUGGGACCAAUUACUGCUGGAAUCUUGACAAGUGCGGCCAUCGCAGGGGUGUACCGAGCAGCGGGCAAGGAAAUGAUUCCAUUUGAAGCCCUCAUCUUAGGAACGGGACAGACGUUCUGUGUGGUGGUGGUCUCCUUUCUCCGUGUCCUAGCCACCCUCUAGCAUACACUCACAGGCUCUGCUGUAGAGCCUGCAUUUUCUAGAAACCUCAAAAAGAAAAUCUGUGGAAUGUGGUGUCUUCUUACUUCUUCAAGUGGAAGCGGCUUGAACGAAAAAGUGUUUGAAGAACAACUUCCCGGCUCUCGCUUCAGUUCGGAGCUCCCAGAAUUGAAGGUCUUUUGGAAUGAUUUUCCAACCAAAAGCAAGUGAAAUCUUUCCCGGCUAGAUCUUACUGUGAGCAGUUACACAGGUGCACCUUUAUCCAGUCCAACAGUACUUAUUAAGCCAACAGUACUUCUGGGUUGGCACCCUUUCUACUGAAAUCUGUACUGUUCUGUAAGCAGAACCAGUGCUGUGUCCUUAUUUCAGGGGAACUGUGAGAUAAUGGUGAUGGAUUUCUGAGCGCAGUAUACUGUACGAACAUCUUACUUGGUCUGAUCUUGAUCAAAAUUUGGCAGACUUCUUCAUGCCAAAGUAAGUUUUGGUUGAGUAAAGCUCCAAGAACAAAUUUGGGGGAAGGCAACAGGAAUAAAUUCUACUAAGAGUGGCUAUGAUUCCACUGUUAAGAGAAAAGAAUAA